AUGCCUCACGUCAGGAAUCCAAUCCUUCCCGGGUUCAACCCGGACCCCUCGAUAUUGAGAGUCGGAGAUGAUUACUUCAUUGCGACGUCAACCUUUGAAUGGUUUCCCGGCGUCCAAAUCCACCACUCCAAAGACCUGGCGAACUGGGAGCUCGUCACGAGGCCCCUGAGCCGCAAGAGCCAGCUCGACAUGCGCGGCGACCCGGACAGCUGCGGCGUCUGGGCCCCCUGCCUCUCCCACGACGGCGACACAUUCUGGCUCGUCUUCACCGACGUCAAACGCAAGGACGGCUCCUUCAAGGACACCCACAACUACAUCGUCAGCGCGCCGGCCAUCGAGGGCCCCUGGUCGGACCCGUUCUACAUCAACUCGUCCGGCUUCGACCCGUCCCUGUUCCACGACGAUGACGGCCGCAAGUGGUUCGUCAACAUGAUGUGGGACCACCGCCGCCGCUUCCACGCCUUCACCGGCAUCGUCCUCCAGGAGUUUGACCCGCACGCCGGAAAGCUCGUCGGCCCCAAGAAGAACAUUUUCCGUGGGACAGAACUGGCCCUCGUGGAGGGCCCGCACCUGUAUAAGCGGAACGGGUGGUACUACCUCCUGACCGCCGAGGGUGGCACCGCGUACGAGCACGCCUGCACCCUCGCUCGCUCCCGCACUCUCUGGGGGCCCUACGAGCUCCACCCGCAAAAGUACGUCAUCACAUCAAAGGACGCGCCCGAUGCGGCGCUUCAGCGCGCGGGGCACGGCGACAUUGUGGACACGCCCGAUGGCAAGACGUAUAUGGUCCACCUGACGGGCCGUCCCACGACGGAGAAGCGGCGUUGCGUUCUCGGACGCGAGACAGCGAUCCAAGAAGCAUACUGGGGCGACGACGACUGGCUCUACGUCAAGAACGGGCCCGUACCGUCUCUGUACGUCAAUGUUCCGGGGACCAGAGACGACACGUCGUACUGGGCGGAGAAGAGAUACACCUUUGAGAACGGGCUGCCCAAGGACUUCCAGUGGCUUCGAACGCCGGAACCUGAGCGAAUCUUCUCGACCGAGAGCGGGAAGCUCACACUCAUCGGGAGGGAGUCCAUCGGAUCCUGGUUCGAGCAGGCGCUCGUCGCUCGCAGGCAGACGCACUUCUCCUACGACGCCGAGACCACUGUAGACUUUGCCCCCACCGACGAGCGCGAGUUCGCGGGCCUGACGGCGUAUUACUGCCGCUACAACUUCUUCUAUCUGACCGUCACGGCCCACGAGGACGGCAAGCGCGAGCUGCUGAUUCAGAGCUCCGAGGCCUCUUGGCCCGACAGCGACCUCACGACGCCGUUGGCCGAGUCGGUUGCGCUGCCGAACGCAGGCAAGGUGAAACUGGCGUUGCAGAUUCGCGGACCAAGCCUUCAGUUCUACUAUGCCCUCGAGGGCGAGGAGUUGAGGGCCGUCGGUCCGGUCUACGAUGCGUCUAUCCUCUCGGAUGAGUGUGGUGGGCAUCAGGCGCAUGGCAGCUUCACGGGUGCCUUUGUUGGUGUGGCUGCUUCUGAUCUCAACGGCACCGCGAGACGUGCGACUUUUGAUUAUUUCACAUAUCGACCUGUUCUUGAUGAGACCGACCGUUAUGAUGCUUAA